ACUUUUAAAAUGUGAAUUCAGCAGUUUUAAGAAAUUUUAUGAGUUUGGAACAUAACGUUAAGUGGCCCCCACUUCCCCAGCAUCUUGGGGACUCUCUAAUAAAUAGAGAUCCUUCAUUUAUUCAAGCACAAAAUGGAGCGCAAAGAGGUGGACGCCCAACAAUUUAUUGACCAUGAUCAUACUUUGCUCGCCUCGGAUCUCAUGCGAGACCCAAACAAUUUCAUUAUGGAUCUAAUAGACACAGGCGUCUUCCCUAAAUCCGAAGGACCCACGAAUUUAAGCACCACAAGACCAAACGCUGCUGGAGGAAUUGUUACCUCCGAUCAAGGCAAUGUUACGGGUGACUCUUUAACUCCGGAUAUGAAUUUCCAUAAUUCCAUAUUUCAAUUUGUCAACAAACAUGUGGAGGAUGAUGUGGUGGCAAGAGCACCCUUGGAUCAGGGGGAACAACCUGCAUUUCCCGCUUUGGUCAUAGAACCCACUGUGCCAAUCGAUGAUGAUCUGUUGUAUAGUAAUGCCGCUGCCGCACAUGCCACAAAUGCCCGCAAGGUGUUGCCCCACAAGAAGCGUAUAUCACGCAAACUUAAGGGCAACAUUGAAUCGGAUAUUAUGGAGCACGAACUGCAUCAUCACCAACAUCAGGAGCAACAGCAGCAGCAACUUAAACCCAUUUCAGUUGGGGAAACAAUUCCAACAGCCAUGUACAGCUGUGAGAUAUGCGGCUAUGCUGUUCACACUCAACUGGAUUUCUUUGCCCAUCUCAAGGCCCACUAUGAACCGCCGACGACUAUGCAACAGAGUUUGCAUACAGGACAGGAACAGGAGCAAUUGCCAACCCAGCAACAGCAAAAGGAACCACUGGAUAUGUGUGGUCUAUCCGUGGAGGAUAAGCAGGAGCAGGCCAAAUUGGUUCAGGUUUUCCAUGAUGUUCAAUUGAAUUUUGAGAAUUUCCACAAUAUGCAUCACACUCAUCAUGUCGAUGAUGUCGAUGACGAUGUGGGCGGUGUCAAUAUGGUUAUCCAUGGUGGCAAUGAAUCAGCUGUUAAAGCUCCUCCGAUUGUCUCCUCCAAUGCUGUCACUCACGAUGUGGCUGUCGAUGAUGUGGAAUUCAGCGAUACGGAGGAUAUGCUUGAAGGCAUACGCAAUGUCGUGGAUAAGGUAUCCAUCGAGGACACCUGUGAUGAGCUAGUGGAUUUGGAAUUGGCCUCAAGUGGCAUGCGUCCAACGUGGUUCAACAAUAAUUUCAGUGAUAUUGCCUUUUCGGGGCUAUUACUGCCAGGUGAACCACCGCCACCAGCACCACCAUCAACACAGGCGCCACCACAGGAAGUGUCAACAGCCGAACCUCCAACCCCACUACCAUCAGCUUUUCAACCGCAGACAACGAUUCCUCCAACUGUAGAAACAUUUGAACAGAAUUUGAAUGAGGUGACAAAAUCACCUCCCCCAUUGUCGACCUGCUGUACUCCACCCCCACCAGUAGCACCGCCAGCUCCACCACUUACACACACAAAUGGUUCGUCCAUUGAGCAAUUGCAAAGAUCACCCCAUGUGCUUAAUGAACCAUUGAAACUGGAGGACGAAGAAUUCCUGGACAGUACGCCCGACUCACCCUACAAUGAGAACUGGGAAGAUGCCAACAGCAUUGAGCCCAAUGAGAUGGAUCCCAUUCCCGAAGACGACAAUGAUCCAGCAUCGAAAUCGAGAAGGAAAUAUUAUUGUGCGAAAUGUGUGAGAAAUUUCAAUUCAUACAAUGCCCUGAAAUAUCAUCAAUUUACGCACAAUGAACAACGGACACACAAGUGCGGCACCUGCGACAGAUCCUUCUACACUCAGAGUGCCCUCAAUGCACAUGAAAAGAGACAUUCUGAUGACAAGCCAUUCAAGUGCGAGCACUGCGAUCACAGAUGUCGUCUGUGGGGUGAUUUGAAAUAUCAUGUAAUUUCCCGACACAGUGAUCUCAAGGCCCAUAUGUGCGAAUUUUGUGGCAAAAAUUUCUCUCGUCGAUAUUCGCUAGUUCUUCAUCGUCGCAUCCAUACAAGUGAGCGGAAUUAUGCCUGCGAGUAUUGCGAUAAGACCUUUCGAGCCAGUUCGUAUCUACUAAGUCACAUCAAGGUCCAUACGGGCGAAAGACCACACAAGUGCACAGUUUGCGAGAAAACGUUUCGCGUGUCCGGAGAUCUGAAGCGACAUUCACGUAUCCAUGAUCCAGUGCGAAAGGCUCAAAUAGCUGUUACGAGGCGCUUGAAAAAGAACACAAAGAAACAAUCAAAAUUGAAACAAAUCGAGGAUGAGGAUGAUGUUGUGGACACGCAUAAUAAUAAUAAGUCUGAGGCCAUUUGCUGCGAUGAAUCGGAGCAGGAAAUAUUGGGCUUAUAGCCAGAUAGUCCCUGAUAUUGUAGAAAAUGUGCCAAGGUUUCCUUUUAAAAUUAGUAUUUAGUAAUUUUUUGUACAACAAGAUUAAUCUAGAUAAAAAAAAAACACAACGAUCCCAAAAACAAUU